AUGGGUCCACAUGCCACAACCUUGACUCAGCGUCACAAGCAGAUCGAGUCGAUUCUUCCGCUAGAGAUCCCUGCCAAGAUCAACUUUCUCACUCGAAUCAAGUGUCGGAUAAAGGUGUUGACUUGGGCAGAUCUGGGGUUGAUCAAUAAUAACAGUGAAGUGCCGAUACACGGCGUAGGCAUUGUGUGCCAGGGGCACAAGAUUAAACAAAAACUAUUCCGGGAAGGCCAAGAUUCGAGUCAAGAGCUGGCUGUGGGUGAGGCGGAGCUGUACAAAGUAGAGUGGAAUGAGUCAGAUCCAGUAAAAAAAAUCUCUCGUUUUAGACUUACCGGCUUGCUUAAACCACGCGGAACGACUCAGCCAUCCAAGCAAGGCGAGGCCCGUCAUGAUACCAAAGUUGUAACGGUUCUAAUCAUCCAAAACACUCAGACAGAAGACGAAAUACCCGCAGAGAAAUACCCGCAGAGAAUUCCCGCUGGGUCAGGUUUACCACGCAGACCCGAUAUCAAAAGCAGCCAUUGA